AUGGGACCAUCGGUUGGUAGGAAGCUGUUACAUGAGGCGGAGGAAGCAACAAAUAAUAGAAAGUUAAUAAAAUCUCAGGUGGAGAAACGUCGGAGGGACAGAAUGAACCGCAGUUUGGAGUGUCUGAGGACCAUGUUUCUGCAGGAGCCACAAGAAGGGUCCACUCAGCACCGAGUGGAGAAAGCUGAGAUACUGGAGCACACAGUCCUCUUCCUCCAGAACAAUGCCAAAGGAGACAAGACUACAGGUGGACGUGGGGACCAGAAACGCUCCUUCCAGGACGGUUUCUCCACUUGCCUACAGACAGCUGCGGGGUUUCUGGGCCCCGAGGGGAAAGGGUCGGAGCUUGGAUCGGCGCUGGAUGCAGCUUUUGCCGCUCGUUUGGCCCGUUCACACUCACAGCCCGAAGGUCUCCAAAGCAGAAACUUUUUGCCGCACGCAAAGUUUAUUCUGCGGGUGCUGAGGCAGAAGUCCAAGCUCAGACUCCCGGCACGUGCCUCAGGGGAGAAACGUUUGAUCCGACCUUACCCACUCCCACUCCAACAAAGGUUUCCCAGAGUCCCCAAACAGCCUCAGAAACAAAGAGAGUCCGAGAUCAGAGCAGAGAGAGGAGCGACCAAACAGAGCUCAGCCCAGAGCUCCCCGUCCAGCCACACUUUGUGGAGACCUUGGCCCUGAUCACCAGGCAGGGACCUCAGAACAAUCAAUGACUAUAAACUAUUUGGCAAAAACACACAACUUCUUUUUAAAAACUGUAGUCUUAUGAAGACGCAUAACUUCAGGUCCU